CAGGCCCCUAAUUCUGCCAUGGGCCCCUAUUUACCGCCUCCUCAUGCUGCUGCCAGGUCCACAGUCUCUCAUGCCAUGUGCCAUUUCAGGUCUCCUCACACUGUCUGGUGUGUUGAAUUUUUGACAUAGGGUGCUGGCAGAUUACGGGCCUCCACAUAGCUGCUGCCAGGCCCCUAAUCUGCCAUGGGCCCCUAUAUACCGCCUCCUCAUGCUGCUGCAAGUUCCAGAGUCUCUCAUGGGUCCCUGUACGGCCUCCCAUUGCUGCUGUCUCCAUCGCCACACUCUGCCAUGUGCCACUUUCAGGUCUCCUCACACACUGCUGGUGUCCAGAGUCUGUCAUGGGUCCCUGUUCGGCCAUCCCAUUGCUGCUGUCUCCAUCGCCACACUCUG